AUGGAGGUGAUGCUCGCAUUAUACGUUGCCUAUAUGGCAGUCAGCAGCUUCGUGGGCAUCUUCGGAAACGGUAUCAUCAUUCGCGUUUUCCAGAAAAGGCAACAGAAAACGUCAACUGAUAUCCUUAUCAUCGCCCUUGCAGUCGUCGAUUUUAUCAGCAGUGGACUACUCAUUGUGGCUAUCAUAUGGGCGGCUACCCUUAAUUUCAGAACGCGGUUUAACUGCGUAUUUUUUUGGUUUUUUCGACGACUGUUUGCCUGCGAAUCUGCGCUAAUGGCCUCCAUCAUUGCCAUCGAUAGAUACAUUAUGGUGUGUAAUCCCUUUAAACUGAGAACGUCGCGAAAGAAGGCCGUAUUUUGGGUUGUCGCCAGCAACAUCAUGUGCACGUUCAUAUGCUUACCAUUCAUUCCUUACGGCAAUGCAGUCGGUGCAGUUUGUAUUUACAAAGGCCCCAUUGGGUACCACUAUGCCUUUCUGUCUGUGAUGAACCUGAUUUAUCUGUCUGCGUGCAUUAGUUGUCCGGUUUGCUAUUCCAGGAUUUAUCGCAAGAUCAAACGCCACAACCAAGAUACUGCCUACAUGCAUACUGGUGUUACUUCUACUGCCGUCCCAUCAACGAAGGACUCUGGCAUCUCGGAAUCGCCAAAGAAGGAACUUCACGGAUCAAACGACCAAGGCCAUGACAGUGGAGACCAUGUCUAUGUAAACAAUGGCGAACAUUCUCCGCAAAGAUGCGUUCCUGAGCCAAAUGACAGCCAGGGUGAUACAACACGUUCCCGAAUAUCCAUGGGCAACGACCACGCUCCCAUUCCUGCCAUCUCUGGCUCGGUGGGUGUCACGAAAUCUUCGAGCCCGACGGGUCAUUGUGGCGCGAAGAAUCGAGUUUCACCAGCUGACGUUCCUGGACCGGCAUCAGUGCCUGCUCCAACUUCCAUCGCUAAACCUCGCAUUCAGAAGGACAGAAUGACCAAGAUGAUGUUUAUCGUCACAGUCAUUUAUGUCAUUUCCUGUAUGCCGGUUGUGAUUCUUGAAAAUCUGGGACAGAAGUACAUCGCGUUGAUGCAGCAGAGUGCCGCAGGAGAAGCGACAGUUAACUUCCUCUAUCAAGUCCGUCUGAUCAAUCACAUCGUCAAUGUAUUCGUCUACUAUAGCGUCAAUGAAAAAUUCAGAAGGGAGACACAUGAUUUGUUUAGGUACAAACGCAAGUGA